AUGAAUUCACUUAUUCUGCUUUGUGUUUUCGCUUUUGCGUAUGCAAAACACGAGAUGUAUAUUGGAUAUAAAUCGUACUACAUAUCACCUUCACACGAGAAUCAGUUCCAAGCACUCGCUUCCUUGGAGAAUGAGUAUCAGAUUGAUGUUUUGACCCGGCCGAUAUUCGGAAGGGACGGACUGGUUCUGGUUAAGCCGGAGUACCGGGAGAGCUUCUUAGAUGCUCUCGAUAAAUACGGCAUCAAGUACAGAAUACAUGUUGACGAUGUGAAAGCGCAACUUGACUACGAGGACGCCAUCUUGGAAUUGAGAAGGAACCAAACGAGAAGUACAGAGAGACUGUCAUACACCAGCUACCAUGAUUGGCCAGUGAUUGAAGAGUACAUAGACGGCAUUGCUCACCGCUAUCCCGAUUUAGUGAAAUUGGUUAAUGCAGCAAGGACUUUCGAAGGGCGAAACCUCAAGUACCUGAAAAUUUCCACAACAAACUUCGAAGAUGCGAGCAAACCUGUUGUUGUAGUAGACGCAGCCAUCCACGCCAGAGAAUGGGCCACGAUCCCUGUAGCUACUUGGGCCAUUCGCAAGCUAGUUGAAGACGUGACAGAGCCUGAUCUGUUGAAUAAUUUCGAUUGGGUCAUUUUCCCUGUUGCCAAUCCCGACGGAUACACGUUCUCUUUGAAUACGCAACGUUUCUGGCGCAAGACCAGAUCAAUCGUUUCCCCCAACACAAAAAGGUGUCCGGGAGUAGACGGCAAUCGAAACUAUGAUUUCCAUUGGAACACCGUUGGUACGAGUACUAACCCUUGCGCUGAGAACUACGGCGGACCAAAGGCCUUCUCCGAGAUUGAAACUAGAAUAGUCCGUGAUAUCUUGGAUGAGCACUUGUCCCGAAUCAGUCUAUACCUUACUAUUCACAGCCAUGGCAGCAUGAUCUUGUACCCAUGGGGACACGAUGGCUCUUUAUCACACCACGCUCUUGGUCUUCACACCGUUGGUAUUGAAAUGGCAGACGCAAUCCACACUAAGGCUUUAAGCCACUUCCCAAGAUAUGUCGUUGGAAACGCAGCUCUCGUAUUGAGGUACGCAGCAUCCGGAGCUUCUGAAGACUACGCCCAUUCAGUUGGGGUGCCGCUGUCAUAUACCUACGAGCUUCCAGGAGGCGGUAGAGGAUUCUUCUUGGAUCCAAUUUAUAUUAAACAAGUGGCUACUGAAACUUGGGAAGGCAUUGUAGCCGGUGCCAGUAAAUCCGGAAUUUUAUUUAGAGCUUAA